AGCGGAGCCGCGGGGCGCGGAUCGGGGACGACGAAAGAGGUAGAAGAAGAAGAGGAGAAGGAGGAAGAAGAGGAGAGCGCGGCGCGGGGCACAGCUGUGCGCUCCCCGUGUCCUCAGGAUGAAGAUGGUCAGUGUCCUGCUGGUUACACUUUGGCUGUCCAUGGUCACCCUCGGCAGAGGCUCGGAACGCUGCGAUGACUGGGGUGUGGAUACCAUGAAGCAGAUCCAGAUUUAUGAUGGGGAACCUGCCAGGAUCAAAUGCCCACUUUUUGAGACCUUCUUGAAGUACAACUAUAGCACAGCCCAUUCUGCUGGCUUAACCCUGAUCUGGUACAGGAUCGCGCAGGACCGGGAUCUGGAGGAACCCAUUAAUUAUCGUCUCCCAGACAAUCACAUCAGUAAGGAUAAAGACACCCUGUGGUUCUGGCCUGCUCUCCUCAAUGACACUGGGAAUUAUACCUGCAUGCUCAGAAAUACAACCUACUGCAGCAAAGUUGCGUUUCCCUUGGAGGUUGUUCCAAAAGACCAGCAUUCUUGUGUGAGCAGUUCAAUAAAACCCACUGAAGAGAUGUUCUACUUGGAGCACACCAAUCAGAAGAUCAUAUGUCCAGAUAUUGAUGGUUUUUACCCUGCCAGUGUAACACCAACUGUCAAGUGGUACUUGAACUGCAACUCGGUGGAUGGCUUCAAUGAGCGAUAUCCCCAGGGGCCCAGGCUUGUCAUCGUCAUUGUCCGCAGUGCAUAUAAAGGGAAUUACACUUGUAUUGUGACAUUCAAGGACCAUGGAAGAACAUAUAAUCUCACCAGAACCAUAAAGAUGAAGGUGGUGGGAUCUCCAAACAAGGCCUUGCCACCACAGUUCAUCUCUCCAAAUGAGAAAGUUGUGUACGAACUGGAAGCAGGAGAUGACCUCAUCCUGCCCUGUGAGGUUUUCUUCACCUUCCUGAAGGACUCCCGGACUGAGGUAUGGUGGACCAUAGAUGGAAAAAACACAGAUGACAUCACAGACCCCAAGAUAAAAGUCACACAAAGUGAAAUUACUAGAGAUUUUGAAGACAAAACUAUCAUAAGGACUCUAACAAUUGCAAAGGCCACACCAGAGGAGUUGAAACGGAAUUAUACUUGCUAUGCCAGGAACGCCAAAGGCGAGGACCAGAGCCAGGCCGUAGUGCGCAUGAAAGUUGUAGCACCGAAGUACACCGUGGAGCUGGCCUGUGGACUGGGGGCGACUAUCCUGCUUGUGGUGGUGCUGAUUGUCAUCUAUCAUGUGUAUUGGCUUGAAAUGGUCCUCUUCUAUCGGGCUCAUUUUGGAACAGAUGAAACCAUUCUAGACGGGAAGGAGUAUGACGUGUACGUGUCCUACGCGCGCAAUGCGGAGGAGGAGGAAUUUGUGCUGCUGACACUGCGGGGAGUCUUGGAGAAUGAGUUUGGGUACAAGCUGUGUAUCUUCGACAGAGACAGCCUCCCUGGGGGAAUUGUCACAGACGAAACCCUGAGCUUCAUCCAGAAAAGCCGACGUCUGCUUGUUGUCCUGAGUCCCAACUACGUCUUGCAGGGGACACAGGCCCUGCUGGAGCUCAAGGCUGGUCUAGAGAAUAUGGCCUCCAAGGGCAACAUCAAAGUCAUUCUAGUGCAGUACAAAGCCAUCAAGAAGAGCAAAGUGAAGGAGCUGAAGCAGGCCCAGGCGGCCUUGACUGUCAUUAAAUGGAAAGGCGAGAAAUCCAAGUAUCCAAAGGGCAGGUUCUGGAAGCAGUUGCAGGUGGAAAUUCCAGUGAAAAAAAAUAGCAAGAGUUUGAGCCUUGAUGGGUUGACGCAUAUCCCUGAAAAAUGUUUGACACUGCCAGAAAACAAACCAAAACAAACCCCCAAGUUAUACCAGGGAGUGGGAAGGAGCUCAGGGUUUUUUCCAUGAAGGACCACGUCCCAAACUUUUUGGAGGAUUGUCAUGUUUUCCCUGCAGUUUUGUAUUGCUCCGACAGUAGAGGGACCAAAGAUGUAAACCCCUCCUCUCUGCAAAUGUAUGUUCUUGUUAUCAACCACACAAGCCCUGGGCUUAAGGUCUAAAUUUGGGCUAUACAGGUGUGAUGCAUCCAGCACCUUGUGAUGGUGUGGUAUUUGUAUAGGCCAGUAUUCCUAGAUCCAGUUCCAUGGGACCUUCAUUAGCAUCCAGGACAGAGCUCCUUUCCUCUCCUAAGUGCCUUCAUUCCUUUCUGUUCCUUGGUCCCUGUUGCAGAGGCUGAGGAAGAGUUUGAAAGGUGGCUCCAGGGUAGAGCCUUUCACACAUGUCCCAGCUCUAUAGUCUGAAUCACUGUGGGAUCACAGACUUCUGCUUCAGUGUGGGGAGCAUAGACUCUUGAGGCUUCUCAUCUUUGCUCCCCAUAUUUCUGUUGAAGGUGCAUUCAGAUAGUUUGCCAAUGGGAAAUGGCUUUCAUAAAAGCAUUAAACCCCUCCUCUCACAACACUGCUAGGUGAUAUUUGUAUUGUAGCACUUUUAGUAAUGAGCGAUCAGUCUCUGGAACUCUGAGGUCUCAUGAGUACCCCAGAUCCCUCAGAGCUGUAAUGCUUGUAAUACAGGGGAAGUCUCUUAUUUGUACAGACCAUGGAGCAUAUCUGAGAGAUGUUUCUUGUAGCGUAAACUCAGGGACUUCACAAGCACUACAAGGAACCCCAGUGUACUACUGAACCUGCCUACUGCCUCUGCCAAUGGCUGGGGGACAGCAUCAUGCAAGGUACUGCCAAGGCCUCUGGGAUGACACUGGAUAUAUGUCUGACUCACCAGGAGGCCCUACAAACUUUUUGAACUUAUAAAAGCUACUAGCUCUGUCCAGCUGGGUAAGACUAUGAGGACAGACUUAGAGAGCUGGGGUUGUUCAGCCUGGAGAAGAGAGGGCUUCAGGGAGACCUUCUUGUGGCCUUUCAGUACUUAAAGGGGGCUUGUAAGAAAAAUAGGGUGCAACAGGACAAGGAGUAAUGGUUUUAAACUAAAAGAGUGUAGAUUCAGACCAUAUUUAAGGAAGACAUUUUUUACAAUGAGGGUGGUAAAAUGCUGGCACAGGUUGCCCAGAGAGGUGCUGGAUGCCCCGUUCCUGGAAACAGUCACGGUCAGGCUGGACAGGGCUAUGAGCAACCUGAUCGAGUUGAAGAUGUCCCUGCUUAUUGCAGGGGCGUUGGACUAGAUGGCCUUUAAAGGUCCUUUCCAACCCAGACUAUUCUUAUGAUUCUGUGAAGAAUCUGUCUUCUCUGCCUGCAUGUGAACACCAUCACUGUUCCUAAUUCAGAGCUCAGGUUUAAACCAGCCUUGGCUUUACAAAGCAAGUCUCCCUAUUUUGCUUCCAGCCCAGAGUUGCAGAUCACAGGGUGUAUCUCAGGUUCUGUAACCUUUGCACGAAAUGGAAAUGAAAAAAAUCACUGUGUACCAGUCCUUGCUUCAGUGUGAGGCAGCAGGAGAGGACCUGGUGAGCUAACCCCCAUCACACAGGCUUUUAAGACAGAAGAGGGGAGUGUCCCUUCCCUUGUAGGACAAACCAAAGCACAGUGGGACCCUGGCAUUGACUGGUGCUAUGGCUCACAGUGUUUUCAAAUAAAACUGCAAACUGGGGGUGUCACUGUACUCCUGUAGCUUCCAGUGCAAGGACCUGCCCACUUCCAGUAUUAUACACACAAAGAGCAUGCUUAUUUUUUAUUGAUAAUGGUUGAUGCUGAGUCACCUUUGACUCAUGUGUUCACUCUGGUGUUCAGUGGGUGAAGCAUAUGCAUUCAUAAUGGCAUUAAAAAGCACUACAGUUUGGAGCCUAUGCAUUACUCAUCCAGCUGAAGAGGUUUAAGGGCAUCCCAAUAAAAAGCCCAGCCUUAAAGGUGUGGGACAGAAUCCUGGCAUCAGGGAAACCCCUUGCCCUUAGCAUUUUAUGAUUAAUAAUGUUAUUCCAGGGCUGUGGGGAGCUCUGCCCUUGGUCAGGUACUGUAUGCCAUGGUUUAGAAAUGUUACUUCCCAAUUUAAUGCUCCCACUGAAACCAUGUGCCAUUUACUCCUCUACCCUUCCCCUCCUCCGCCCCCUUCAGCAGGUUGAAGAGAAUUGGAGGGACAAAAGGUAAAGAUCACAGGCUGAAAUAAGAUAAAUUUACUGGAAACAGCACAGAGAUAAGAAAACAAACAGUAGCAGCAACAAUACUAGUGACAGAGGGUACAAGAAAUGAAUGAUUCACACAGAACCCCCCGACAAUAGAAAAUACCCGACCGUUCCCUCCCACCAACCUGGAAGGGAUCCAUUCUUCCUGAAAGAGACUCCCUUCCCCUGGCAGUUGUGUGAGGUGAUAUAGAAUAAGCUCCACAUCCUGGGCAUGCCCCUUCUUGGCUACUGCAGAAAUUAACCCUGUUCUGGCUGGAACCAGGAUGCUACAAAUGUGAAACAAAUAGAGCUUCUUUAGAGCUUCUCCUCUUCAUCCUCCCCACCCCAAGUAAGUUUUCCUUUAAGCAGAUAAAAUUGCAGUCAGUUUCACUGGAGGCAGUGGAGUUUCUCAUCUGCUCAUAGGUGCUUAAGAGCUUUAUUGUGAGCUUUUCUACUGUAGUUUUCUGAGGAGGGACAUUUAUAAGAGAUAAUACCCAAAACCAUGCUCAGCUUUGUGAACCCAUUGCAACCCUGUCAUUUUGUCUAGCUUCACCUUUUUGUUUGUGUUUUAAGCAUCUCUGUAACCAGCUGCCAGAUCUGCAGGCAGAGGGAAGGCCCUGAGGCCAAAGCAGAACUGUGUUAGAUUCGUAGAUGAUUUUUAAAAAAUUGAUUCCAAAAUAUGCAUAAAUUAAAUUGACAUACCCGACCUCACAACAUCACAUCUCACUUUAGCUGAGUUACCAAGAGAACUUCUGCUGAUGUUUCAGUAAGUCUGAUUAUUUUAGAAAGUUAAAUUCACCUCAUAUAUUUUGCUGAUUUUAUUCAAAGCAUUUUCCAAAUAAUUAACAAACCUGAACUUUCUCUGGCACCAUUGCACUGGCCUUUGGAUACAUCUCUGGAACCAGUGGCCUUUGGUGCCAUUGCAACCUGAGAACAGGAUUACUGAGAGACAUCAGCGGAGCACCCACAAGGUGAAAGAUGUGAUGGUCUGGAAGGGUUCUGAGAGGUCUAGAGGGAACAGGGUGGAAGGAAUAGCGCUGGAGCAGGCUCCACUCCCCCAGGAGCUUUACCACUGGCUUUGCUGGGAUCUGUCAGGCCAGGGUUAAAGCCCAGUCUUAGCUGUAAUGCAGAUCUGCAAGCACCUCAGAUCCACCUGCCAUUUUAUUCUAAGCCCCUUGUGGUUUUCCAUUGUGGGAUUCUGUCACAGCAUGUGUCUGAAUCAGUUGAUUCAUUUGAGUUUCUGUGCUCUAACCUAAUAUUUAUGCAAUAUGCACCUCAUGCAAAGUUCCUCAUUGUUAUUUCAUGGGGAAACAGCGUGGUACAAAUUGGAAAAAAAUAUCUUCCCUCCCUGUGCUGUUUGAUGUUGUACAGCUGUUCCAGAGUUGUUUUCCCUUCUCUUUUCUGCAUGUUUUUGCCUUUGUGUGAUUUGGUCUGUGAAGUGUCAGUAUUAUUUUAUUUUGCUUUUCAAUAAAACAUUUUCACUUUUG